AUGUUUAUUCUUGUACUUUUUGGAUAUAAAUAAAGCAGAAUUUUCACUAUAGAUUGCUUAACUGCGACUUUAACAGAUUGUAUAUGGCAAAACUGUAUUAAAGAUACUAAUAAGAAUAUUUUAUAAAAAGAAGAAUAACAUAAUAAAGAAAAAAAUCUUUUAUAAAAAAAAAUAUAGAAGAUAGAAGUAAAAAUUGAAUAAAUAGAUAAAUUGAUUAAAGACGAAGAAGAAAAAAUAGAUUCAAAUGAUAAAAAAAAAUAAGAAGAAAAAAACAAAAAAGUAGCUAAAAAAGGUAAAGAUACAGUCCCUUCUAAUCCAUUAGAAAUCGAAAAAUAAGAAAAUCAAAAAGAACUUGAAAAAAUUAAAGAAAAUAUUCAAAAAUAUGAUGAUAAACUUGAGAAAUUAAAAAUUUAAAAAUAAAAAUUUUAAGAACUUGAAAAAAACGAAAAUAUUAUUGUCGAACUUUUCGAUAAAACUGGUGAAAGGAAAUUUAUAAAAACUAAAAAUGAUACUAUUGCAAAUACUUUCUUAACAGAUAAAAAUACAUAUAUAUUAGGAUAUUAUUUGCCUACUAAAGAAGAAGAAAUUGUUAAUGUAGUAGAAAUUGAUGGAUAUUGCCUAAGAAGUAUAGAAGAAGAUGAAGGGUGA